ACUGCUCUCGUUCCAGCUGCGGGAUUUCCUGCUCGUCUACAACAGGAUGACGGAGCUCUGCUUCCUGCGCUGCAUCUCCAACCUGAACUACCGGGCACCCACCAGGGAGGAGGAGACCUGUCUAGAUGGCUGCGCUGGGAAGCUCGUCCACUCCAACCACCGCCUGAUGGGGGCCUACGUGCAGCUCAUGCCCUCCAUUGUGCAGCGCCGCAUCUCUGACUACGAGGCCGCUGCAGCCCAGGUGGCCCCGGGCUCCAGCCCGAAGGAGGUCCCUGGUGCUGCCCCGGCGGCCCUGCCAGCAGCAGUUGGCACGGAAACCCACCCUAGCCGGCAGGUGGCUGCCAGUGCGGAGAGCGCCCCAGACACCGUCAGCUAGUGCCCCACUGCCUCCCGGCGUUUCCUCGUCCCCCAUGGCUGCACCCUGGACUUAGGCCUGGGUGUGAAACAGCCUCUUGAGGCAUUGCAGCUGCACCCUGGGCUGGGCCUCCUCCCAGCACUGGAUCCAGCCCAGAUGGGCACUUCCUCCCUCUUCACUCGGGACUGGGCCGAUUAGUGCCAGCAUCAGAACUACCCUAGAUGCAACUGCCAGCUGCAGCCCGGGCCUCCUGAGAGCAGAACCAUACAAGUUCCAGCAGCGUUUGGGCUGGGCCAGCCUGCCUAACGGGCUCUGAGCAGCUGCUUGGGCCCAUCGCCCCCGGGGCCGGGCCGUCUGGAGCAGCCUGUGGGGGUGCCCUGCUGAGGGCUCGUCAGUCACAGCAGCCGCUCUGGAAGGCUAUUUCCUAUUGCCAGUAAAUCCGUGUCCUCUUGA